AUGUACUCCAAAGCGGUCCCGAUUAUCUUGGUAGCCUUGGCUGGUUCCACGGCUGCCUCGCUAUCCUCGUUGCAGUACGACAAUGAUCUCGUCGCUCGAGCGCCGGAGCUUCUCUCGGAGGAGCUCGUCACUCGUUCACCAAUGGAUCCCGCGAGUGCCUACGAUAAAAUACAUAAGAAGGGCAAAGACCAUGCCGCGGGGCUUGUCGGCGGUCGCAAGCCUCACCGUCGUUCAGACCCAGUGGAUAUCGGGAGAAUGCACGAGAUAAUGGCUAAAAAGGGCAAAGACAAUGCCUCCGGGGUUAUCGGGUCGCAAGCCUCGCCCUCGCCCUCGCCCUCUGCCUACGAUAAAAUAAAUAAGAAGGGCAGAGACCAUGCCGCGGGGCUUGUCGGUGGUCGCAAGCCUCACCGUCGUUCACCAAUGGAUCCCUCGAGUGCCUACGAUAAAAUAAAUAAGAAGGGCAGAGACCAUGCCGCGGGGCUUGUCGGCGGUCGCAAGCCUCACCGUCGUUCAGACCCAGUGGAUAUCGGGAGAAUGCACGAUAUAAUGGCUAAAAAGGGCAGAGAUCAUGCCGCGGGGCUUGUUGGCGGUCGCAAGCCUCACCGUCGUUCACCAAUGGAUCCCGCGAGUGCCUACGAUAAGAUACAUAAGAAGGGCAAAGACCAUGCCGCGGGGCUUACCGGUGGCCGCAGGCCUCGCAACAUCGGGUUUAUGUCCAAGAUAAAAUAUCACUUUGUUGUCACACUCUCCGACCUCUUCCAACUCGAAGAUAAUGCCCAUCUUGCUGCCAAGGUCAAGAUCAAAGGCUACAAGGUCCAAGAAACUCACCAGCAGUGUUUGGCCAAGAAAGAAGAGGUUAAGAGCAAGUUUGAGUAG